GAUGUGGGAGGCGACGUGCAUGGGUAUGGCACAGCAGCCCUCCGGCGAUGACCGGAUGUUUGCCGAACUCCUAAAGAGUGAAAAUGAGGAUUUGAAAGAUUUUAUACAGGUCUUGGAGCUGGAGAACGAGGAGCUUAAGAUAAGAGUGGAGGAAGUUGAAGGUGGCGCAGGGCAUUGCCAAAACGCUGCAGGCCAUGACCACGUUGCAGGAGAUCUAGAAGCAGUGCUAAGACAAUUGAACCAAGCUCAUGAGGCACUGAUUGCAGGGAAGGAUAAGGAAAUUUCAGCACUGAUUGCAGACAAGGACCUCGUGCGAGAGCAGUUUAGGACACUGGAGCGGGGCUAUGCUGACCUCCGUAGCUACAGCAGUAAACGGGCAGCACAAGUUACUGAAACAAAGCAAGAGCCUGAGCAGCUGCAAGUGGCAUCCCAAAAGAGCCGAUUGCGUGCACGAGCAAAAGCAGUUGAAGCCAAAAUGAAAUUGCUUCCAGAGGAUAAGCGACAGGAGAUGACCUGUAUGCCCGAGGAGACAGAUGGGCGAAUUGGAAAAUGCAAAGAUAGGCAGCCUGAGACUAGUGAAAAGUGCAAGAAGGAUACGAGUGAGACACACACAAAAAACUGUUCACGAGGUCCUGCUUUAAGUGGGGAAGAAAUGAAAAUUUGUUCUUCUAAGCAAAUGCUAGCAAAAGAUGGGCAACCUCAGGCUAGCCUCAAGCGCAAGUGCGUCACUUCCUUACCAAAUGAUAAUGAGCAGAAUGCAAAUGAUGAGGAAAAGAGUAAUCAAGUUCUAGAGCCUCUCAAGAAGAAGAGGGUACCAGAGAAAGGGGGAGAGGAGCAAGAUGACAGUAAGGUCAAACUCGCCAACGGUAAAAGCAACGGUGAAAGCAAUCCGCCUGCCCAGCAGUCGAUGAACGACAUGCUCCUCAGCAUCCGUGCUGUGAAGGAUAGUUUGAGGGACAAACCUGGCAGGUAUGAGGAGUCGAUGAACGACGCGCUCCUCUACGUCCGUAGCGUGAAGGAUAGUUUCAGGGACAAACCUGACAAGUUUGAGGAGUUCUUGGCGCUCCUGCGCGGCGUCCAUAGCAAAAGGUCCAUGAUGCAUGAGCAGCUACAUCUACACAACUUCCUUUUUUUUUUGAAUUUUGACGGACUGUAAACUUUCCUGUGUUGGUCCUUUUUUUUCUCUUUGAAGGAUCGAUGCUUGAGCCUUCACCAGAUCCUUGAAGGUCCUGUUCGACGGGCGCCCUGAACUCAGCCUUCAGUUCAAUACGUUCAUGGCAUCGCAGUUCAAUACCAGACCGAGCUCAGGAAAGAUGACGGGGCUGGUUUAAUGAAAUGUGACCAUCGAUCCCGGCUAGCUAGGAGCAGAUGAACUGAUAACUGCUGCCACUUUUUUGUAGACUGAUGAAGUUUCAGUCUAACAUUUUGUUGGUCUUGCCGAGUGUGAUUGGUUUCUGGAAGCUGAAGAAGUGACGUGUAAAUUAUCUAUUAGGACUCUCUGCCUAUUUUUCACUGUUUUCCUAACAUAAAAAUGAGGCUGCUUUUGAAGUAUUGGUGGCUAGCUAGGCACUGGAUUCGGAUGGCUCAGAAGGGGAAAAGCUGAAGAAGUGACGUGUGAAUUAUCUAUUAUCUGCCUA